AGCCCCCGCUCUGACGCCCAAAACACCCAACUGGAAGUAUUUCUGGAAUUUCUAAAGCCCUGGUUCGAGACAAUUCGUGGAGAAGUCCUCCCAAAACCACUUUUCCGUGCUCUAUGCCUCCUUUGUGGAUCAGAAAACGUGCGUCAAUUCAUCUCGAGUCGACUGGAGAUCUGGAUAACACUACAGAAGUUUCAUCGAGAAAUUAGUGAACUCCUACUGGUGCUCGGUACGAAUAUCAAUGUAAAACAGUACGAAAUGGACCGCGAAAUGAUUGAUGUGCUGCUCAAAUUGAAUACGAAAAAUAUGAAGACGCGAACCGUCGUCGGUCCAUUCAACGUCUGCCUCCGCCGCAUCUGUGAUCUGCCGGCCAACGUGGAAAUCGUUCUCGAAUCCCUCGUCGUCAAUGAAACCGGACCACCGCAGAAUCGUUCAAAUAACAACGUCCAAACGAUUUAUAUGAUUCUGAACAGUCAUACAGAAGAGGCAACGAAGGCGUUGGCGAGAAUCACAAGUAGAGAAUUGAUCAAAGAGAAGGAGAAUUCGGUGAAGAUGUUAAGAGCGUUCUUCCGCGAAAUGAUACGUGGAUUUUAUCAGCAAAAAACUGGCGAAUUCCCGUUCGCUGCGUUUGCGGAGACUGUUUUCAAGGAGGUUUUGAGACGAGGAGAAGCGGAUGAAGUACCCCUUCUAAUGUGUGACAUGGUCUCCCAAAUGCCGCUUAUCACCCUAACCGCAGUGAUAACAACUCGUGAGAAUGCCUUCUCCACCAAAUACAACACUCCUCUACCCACCGGAGACUACCCGAUGAUCUCAACUGAAGCCAAAAUCGCCAAAGAGAAAUUCAAGGCCGAAUACGUGGCAUUUGCUGAGAACUGCAUUGAAUUCCUGAUCUCCUCCCGGAAAUUGUUCCAAACGGAUGGGACCUACUUGGCGAGUUUCUACCUGCUCUUAUUCUUGGAAUCCAAUCGAGACGUCUAUCCGGGUAUCGAGAUGGCUGUGGUGACGGAAGCAGAAAUGACAACUUGUGUUCGGGUGUUUGGAGAGUGUGGAUUGUCGGAGAAGAUGUUUUUGAUGCUAUGCCAUGAGGGAACGAAUCAACUAUCGCCCCGAUCUCUAAUCGAUUUGAUCUCUGCUCUAACCCACCGUGCAGUGACUCAUCAAUCUCAAACAUCUACAGUACCCCUCAUCAGCUUCUCCGAUCCCUUUGAACUCAUCGAUUCGUUCCUACAAAUGACAAUCUACCCGGAAUCCGAUUUGCCACGUCUCGAUCCGCCGAUUUGUCAACGGAAUCUCUACUGGAUCGCAUGGAACAUCAUCAUUUUAUGGAUCGCCGGUGGAUCGGAAAUUUGCGGAAAAUUCGCGAAAAUCUAUGAGAGCUACACCGUUUUGAGAUACAUGAUUCAUUGCAUAAUGACGAGGAAAUUUGAAUUCCCGCGCGAUUUCGAAGGGAAAUCCGCCGGAAUUAUGGCUGAGGAAGAGGCGGCGAUGGAGAGUUCAGAAGCCAUCGUUUUGAAUAUGUAUAGGAAGAAGCUGGAUCGAGGAAUGCCCGUGGAGGCGAUGGCGUUUUUGGAGAGAUCCGCUUUCCGUGCUCCAUCCCUAAUGGAUGAAAUCCGUCAUUUAUCGGAUCGAUAUCAAUUGGCUUCCCGUUUCGCCAAAUGCCAGUCACCACCAUUGUUAUCUCAACUGAUUCAAACCGUUGGAGCUCAAAACUCUUUGUUCGCAAUCCGCGAAAUGUUGUCUGUCGAUGCAUCUACUGCCAAGCGUCUCACAUCUGAAUGCAUAUUUCAUUCCCUGAUUUACUAUUUUGAUAGUCAUCGAUUGAGAGAUUUGGAUCAGAAUUCCAGUCAUGUUGUUAAAGCGGUAAGGGGUAAAAAACAAUGUAAUUUGAUACAAAAUAAUUAUUUUCAGCUAAUUCUUCAAGCCGAAAAAAAUCUGAAAUCCGCGGAAUCGGUGGAUGAAGACUUCCUGCUCCAAUCAUUCGUUUCGUCUCUAGCUUCCCCUCAAUUUUCGAUUCGUUCGGCAGCUGUGAAUACAUUUUCGAAGCUAUUCCCACCGUCGGACGAGGAUAAGCCAUUCGAUUUGGGGAAAUUAUCAUUGGUUCCACGCUUUGAUUCGAGAAAAUCGACAUAUUUGGAGACGAUGGCGAGUGCGAUUCUGGUGGAAACCGAUGCGCAUCUGGCGAACUCGUAUUUGCAUUUUUUGACCAAAAAUAGUAUGGAAAACGAAGAUGAUCAUAGGAUUGCCCGUGCGAUUUGUCAGAUUCUCUCCACCGACUGUCAACAGCUACACACAUCGCUGUGUGAUUACUUUGUUCAAUACGUGGAUAUGUGUUCAGAAAUUCAUAAAAUCAAAGAGUCAACCCCCAUUGACGAUUCUCUAUGCUGUCUGGAUAUAGGGACAUCUCGAAUUGCAUUAAGUCGAGAAGUUCCAGUCGCUGUUGUCAAGCUAUUAUCGAAAUUUGAUACGAAAAAUAUGGAAAAAGGAGGGAAGAGUACACCAUUCGAGAUGUUGGUUCAGUUCUGGCUAUCUCCUGGUCGUAUUCCCAAAAUGGUGGAUCGUCAAACCGGUGAAACUCGUCAAUUUCUGAAUCUUCCAAUGCGCAAAGAAAUGCUCAAAUCGGCUGAGCAACGAGUCGUCGACGCGGCACUAGAGGAUUUAUCUGAGACCGAUGCACAGGAAUUUGUUUUAGUAUCACAAAUGUCAAGAGAAACUGCCGAGAAGGUUUUCAGAAAAGCUGAAAAUAUGAAAAUCCAAUCGCUAGACCGUCAAACGCUGUCAAAUAUGUAUCUACUGCUACGUGGCUACCGUAUGACUGGAGUGAAAUCAGGCGAAUUGCUUCUAAAUCGAAUAAAAGAGGAGAUGGAUCGGCUGGAUUCGAUAGUUCUAAAAGAGGAACCAAUGGAAAUUCAAAUGCCUGAAAACGAGACGAAACCCGAGGGUUUUUUGCGCCUAGCAAUGCUUUGUACAGCUGAGAAAUCGUUGGUUUUCACAAGUGGAACUAUGGAAAAAAUGGAAGCGAAUGAUAUUUCGAAUUGGUUGAAGACGCAUUGUGCGGCUUUGGUAAGCGCAAAAUCCAAAAGCGCCCCGAUAUUCCGCGUUCCAUCGGCGUUCAUCCAAUCGGCAAUGAACGAUGAGAAGUGCUCGCUCUCGUGUCUAUCCCACAUUGAAGCCAAUUUGAAAUUCUUCCUCUCUCACGAAUCCGCAUUUCAGACACUAUCAGUUAUCAUUGAUUCCGCCGCUAAUAAGUUUGAUUUCGUUCGAAAGCGUCUGGAAACCUUCUCAGCGAAGAUUCUGAAAAGUGUCACUCCACCACCGUCAGUCAUUGGAAUCCUCCAAAAACACGCUGCGAAUAGUCAAAAAUCCAGUCAAACCACCCCGAAAAAUCACAAAAUCGCAGCCUCGACAUUCUCGGAAUUCGCUGGAGCCCUUAAGAAAGUUUCGUCGGAUCAAAAAGACGAAAAACGACUCAUCGGCGAGUUCAUGACGACGUUUGUGAAGGACAAAGGAGAAGUGGUGGAUUCGGAAGACGUCUACGUCUUCAUCAGAAGUCUUCUGAAGGUCUACGCUGGCGAGAAUUCCGAAACCGUCGAGAAGUGUCUCUCGAAUCGAUGGAGUCCUCAGUUGAGAGCCAUCGUGUGUUCGGUGGUCCUGGAGAAGUAUUCGCCGGGCAUUUGUGCAGCUUUCGUGUUUCGACUGCUCUCGGCAUACUGUGAAAAGUAUCCUGUCGCUUCGUUUAACGAACUUUUUAUGAUCAGAAAAGGAGAAGAGGGUCUGGUGUUGAACACCAACGCAAUCAACGUUUGCGUCUUCUAUUUUUGUGAUGUCGCCACCGACACGGAUGACUACGACACGCAAAUCGUCUCUCUAAUCAGUGCGCUCGAAACCCAAGGAGGCACUCGAAUCGGCUACCUCUUCGCACGAGCUCUCCUCCAGACGUGCUGUGCGAACGCGUCGCCAAUCCGCCGUCGAACCGCUCAACGUCUUCUGGAACUUCUCUCGGACUCGCUGCUCUAUCUACAGUACAAAGUGGGCAUGGUGUCGUCAUUGCGAGUGCUGAGCAAUAUCGAAUCGCGGGAUUCGUGUAUUCGGAGAUGUGAGCAGAUUGUGGAUCGAAUCGUUGAGAUGGCACUGGAUCCGAGUGCACAGUUGUCCGAGGAUAUAUGUGAAGAGGAGAGGGAGAAGGACCCGAAAGAGCUCGAGAAGGAGAAGGAGGCGGCAGCGGCAGCGAACGAGUCGAAAUUCAAACGAGGAUUUGACAAGAGAGGCGGAGGAGGUCCAUUGGCUAAAAAAGGGAGAUUUAUCACGCCGAAAGAUCUACCCGGACCACUGGGAGCCACCACAACGAAAGCAGCGGACGAUGGAGAGGAUAGUAAUUCGAACGAUGAACCGAUUGUGGUGGCUAAGAGAGAAUGGAUUGAGACAUCGCACGCCAUUACCAGAUUCAAUUCGUUGAAGUUCCCAGUGCUCGCCAACUAUGUAUCCCGAUUGAGCGCAAUGUCAAGAAAAGAUCUAAAAGAAGAAAAACGAAUCAACAAAGUGGAAUUGGUGCUUCAGUCGGUGGUGACCCUCUGUCAAUACAUGAAACCGGAUGAGAUGAAUUCAGUGGACACGGCACUUUCGAAUUGUCUGGAAUUCUUCGAGAAGCAUCUAGAAGAGGGUGGAUACGGUGUGAAGGAGCAGACGGCGUUCGCCGAGUUGACCAUCAAAGCGUGUGCUGAGUAUUUGAAUCACAGCUUUUUGGAGGCCCGAUCAUUCCUUCGCGACAACCGGACCCUUGUGGAACGAGUCUGUAAACGGUGUCAUGAUCGAUACAACGUGGAAAUGGUCCUGGAUAAUUGU